GAGCUGGGCUGAAGGCCAGGCCGGGAGCGCCGAGGGACGUGCUCAGAGUGGGGAAGCGGAGCGACUCGGGGGGCGAGCCUGCCUGAAAUGUGGGGAGCGCUGGCCGCCCCGCGGGGCCACCCCGCUCCCCCCUGCUUGCUGCCCGUCACCUGGCUCCUGGUGCUGCACACAGGUCUGCUGGCAGGAGUGAACAUCACUAGCCCCACGCCGCUGGUGCGUGGCACGGCGGGCAAAGCGGCGCUGCUGUCGGUGCGCUAUACCAGUGCCAGUGCUGACAAACCGGUGGUCAAGUGGCAGCUGAAGCGUGACAAGCCCGUCACUGUCGUCCAGUCCAUCGGCACUGAGAUCAUCGGCAAUCUACGGCCCGAUUACCGCGACCGCAUCCGGGUGCUGGAGAACGGCUCAUUGCUCAUCAGCCCCUUGCAGUUGGCCGAUGAAGGUGCUUACGAGGUGGAGGUGUCCAUCACCGAUGACACCUUCACCGGCGAAAAGACCAUCAACCUCACCGUGGACAUCCCCAUCUCGAAGCCGCAAGUGCUGGUGGCCUCCUCAACGGUACUGGAGCUCAGCGAGUUCUUCACCCUCAACUGCUCACACGAGAAUGGGACAAAACCCACCUAUACAUGGCUGAAGGAUGGGCGGCCGCUGAGCAACGAUUCCCGCCUGCUCCUCUCUCCUGACCAGAAGAUCCUCACUAUUACCCGUGUCCUCAUGGCCGAUGAUGAUGUCUACAGCUGCCUGGUGGAGAACCCAAUCAGUCACGGCCGCAGUGUCCCCGUGAAGAUCACUGUCUACCGCCGGAGCUCCCUUUACAUCAUCCUCUCUACGGGCGGCAUCUUCCUUCUCGUCACCCUGGUGACAGUUUGUGCCUGCUGGAAACCCUCCAAGAAGGAGAAGCGUCAAGCGGAGCAACAACCGGCCUCCGAGUACCCUGAGCAGGACGAGGAGCGCAUGAAACACGAGGGUGAGUGCCGGCCUCGCUGUGGCAGUGGCGUGUUGGGGACGCCAACGCUGCUGGCGCGGUCAGCACCGCCUUGCCUCCCCACAGCCGAGGGCAUCCCGCGCAGUGGCGAGCACGAGCGCAAGAACCCGGUGGCCCUCUACAUCCUCAAGGACAAGGACUCACCGGAGGCAGAGGAGGAUUCGCCACCUGAACCCCGCACCGCCAUCGAACCGGGUUAUGCCAGCUCGCCCAUCCCGGCUGCCGGCCGCUCGCCGGGGCCUGUGGGGCGUUCCACUCGCCGUUACCAUCGCUCACCAGCUCGCUCACCUGCCUCGACGCGGACGCACAGGUCGCCACCGGGUUCACCGGCACGUUCCCGAGGUGCCCCACGGCUGCUGCGGACUGCCGGCGUCCAUGUCAUCCGGGAGCAGGAGGAGGCCAACGCCGUGGAGAUCAGUGCCUGACGGCGAGGACA